AUAUACACACAUGUAUAUACACAUACACAUACAUCGCAAUGUGUAUAUACCCCUGCCACCCACAUGUAUAUGUGUGUUUAUGUGUUUGUGUGAAGCUUAUCAGUGGAAUAAAUUGACUAGGUAAACUCUGGAAAAAAAUGGACAUAAAUUACCUAUGUGAUCAUGGUCAAGUUAUUAACCCCAGGGUAAAAUUUUGGUGACAACUUUAUAAAAAUAUUAGAAACAAAUGCUAAAGUGGAUUGGCAUUAGUUUCUAUUCCUACACACAGUGAGACAAAGAGAUACCUGUAGAGGCAGAGAGUCAAUAUUUGAGCACUUGAGCACAGACAGUGUAAGGAGAGGAGAGAACAGCCUUCUUGCCACACAUACAUACCUUCGAGGUGGAAGGGAGAGCAACCUUCUUGGAGAUGGGGGUGGGGAGGACAAAAUGAUAUGUGAAAGGCUCUAGGUCCCAAUGCUGAUAGUAUGCAAAGUUUAUAUAACCUCCUUAUAAAAACAGAAAGUAGAAUAUAGUUUUCUGUCAUAUUGAAAGGUUGGGAACUAUUUAAAUAGACAUAGAUUAUCUUACCUUAUUACAUACUUGAGGCUUGGUUUUGCUUUCGCUUUUCAAAACCCUUACACUUUUAAUUAAUUAAUUAAAUUCAUUUUAACAGAAAAAAACAUUUUCCAUUUGCAUGCUAGAUAGAUCUUUUUAUAAUAAAUAUUAUAGAAAUCAGAUAGUAGUACUAGAAGUAUUUCUCCUUUCCUUCUUCUAUUGGGUUGUUUAUUUCCCUAAGUUGUUGAGCCUCAGUUUUUGCAUUCAGACUGCAAAAUAUGUGUGCCAGUUCUUAAUACAAGUGUCAUUAUUUCACUCUACAUUCUCAUCUAAAUCCUACUUUAAACAUCUACAUUUGUCACUCAAUGACAAAUAUCAGUCCCAUGUGUAUGUCCUCUCUUAGGGACUCUACUAUGGAUUUCAGCUAUUUCCUUCUCUAAUUUAUGAAUCAAAAGUCAAUUCAGAGGGACAUACAGUAGAGAUACAAGAGAUUUUGUUAUUUUAUGCCCAUUACCUACUAUGUUCUGUCUCACUCUUUUCCUUCCCAGGGGAAGUGGCAACUCACUUAUCCUCAUUUAUUGUUUUAGUUUUUAAUGAUGCUUGCUACUGAGUAAGAACAGCAGUAUAGGUGAAAGGCUCUGAGAAACAGAUCCACAAAUAUGUUGAAUGUCCUAGCUCUCCUGUGCCCCAUUCAAGUCUUCCAUAACUUUGAGCACCACUUCCUCCUCAUCUCUAUUCUUAGCCUCAUAGAACUGGCAUCAGGUCAGUUUCAGGUGAUUGGCCCAAACAACCCUAUUCAGGCUUUGAUAGGAGAAGAUGUUCUCUUCUCCUGCCAUAUCUCUCCCAAGAUGAAUGUGAAGAACAUGGAAGUGAGGUUCUUCAGAAACCAAUUCUCUUCUGUGCUACUUCUAUACAAGGAUGGAAAAGAAAUAGAUGAGAGGCAAAUGCAAGAAUAUCAAGGAAGAACCCAGUUUAUGCAAGAUGCCAUCACUGAAGGGACAGUCUCUUUAAAACUGAAGAAUAUAGUCUCUUCAGACAUGGCAAAAUAUGGAUGUUGGUUCAGUUCCAAAACUUUCUACGAGGAGUAUACUUGGGAGCUACAGGUAGUAGCUCUUGGGUCAACCCCUCUUAUCUCCCUUGAGGGAAACAGAGAUGGAGGGAUAUUGCUGGUUUGUCAAUCAUCUGGAUGGUUGCCUCAGCCCAAAAUACAAUGGAGAUAUGAUCCAGAUCAAUAUUUAUUACUAAACUACACAGUGAACCAAGAUGAUCAUGGCCUCUUUUCCAUAAAAACCACACUUACUAUAAAAGAACAUUCCAAUAAGAAUAUUUCAUGUUUAGUACUGAACCUUGCCCUUGGACAAAUGAAGGAAUCCAGACUACAGAUAGCAGAUCACUUUUACCAGAUCACCUUUUGGAGAAACGCUUUCAUUAUAAUGAUGCUUCCAUUCUUGGCUGCCCUUAUUUUUCUCUUUUGUACCAACAAAAAACAAGGGAAAAUUAAGAAAAAAUUAGAACUGAUGGAAAAACUGAAAGAGGCAGAAUGGAUCACAGCCACUGAACACGCAGUGGAAGUUACUCUGGAUCCAGAUACUGCUCAUCACAAACUCCAUGUAUCUGAAGAUCAGAAAUCAGUGACACAUGAAGACGGGGUGAUAUAUGAAGACAACGGACUUGAAAAUAAUAUAAGAUUUCAGUUUCCAUGUGUAAUGGCCUCACAGAGUUUCUCCUCUGGGAAACAUUACUGGGAGGUGGAGGUUGGGAAGAUGAAGAAGUGGUACCUGGGGGUAUGUUGGAAUGAUGUGACCAGGGAGAAAGAGAAAGUCAUGUUCUCCCCUGACAAAGGCUACUGGAUUUUGGGUCUAUGGAAUAAAUCUGAGUAUUUUACGUACACCCCCUAUAGAAAAGCCCUCCGUUUCUCAGUAGAGCCCCAUAGAGUAGGAGUUUUCAUAAACUAUGAAGCCAAAGAAAUCUCUUUCUUCAAUGUGAAUGAUAGAUCACACAUUUACACAUUCACUAAUUGUGAUUUUAAGGGGAAAGCCCUCUACCCAUGCUUCUGUCCUCAUAAAAGUGAUAGUCCGGAACAUCCAAUCCCCAUGUCGAUUUCUACAGUGUUAUUAUCUAUGUCUUCAGAAAAUGAUAAUUCUGAAGGCACCAUAUUGUCCUCUAGUAAUGAUGAUGACUCAGGCCUACAGAUGACUGCAUGCCUCCUUCCUAGCAUCUCUUGCCACCCCAAGAGACUUUAAUCCAGAUUUCUUGAGUGUUUUCAAGGUUCUUUUCCCAGAGUUCUUUUCUUGACUACAGAGAUCCAAGCACUUUUCAAAACCUGUCAGAAAUGAACUAGAUUUUGAAUCAAAAGACCUUGGUCUUGGUAAAUGACAACUUUGCCAAACUUCAGUAUCUAUUCCUGUUUGUAUCAUGACACUUUUUAUAUUCCAACACUUCUUCCUUUGCCUACUACAUAUCAGAGGAUCUCACCUUCCACUUGGAGGAAGGUAGAGGAUAAUUCUUGAGCAUUCUGUGAUUCUCCUGAGAACUUUUUGAAACAUGAGUGAAUCUACCAAAUAUAUCACAGCAGAUAUGUUUAGGAUAGCAAAUAUAUAACUGGGGAUUAUAAUAUUUCUUAAAAAGGAGAGUUUCCAUGAUCCCCUAGACCCUUGGUCAUUUCUAGUGGGCAAAAUGAAUUAUGGCUCAGUUCUGAAGAUUUUUGAACUUUGAGAUGAUGCAGAAAAAGCUGGGUGGUACAUUGUCGUAUCUCCUCCAUGAGGUAGGGCCCUGUUGGAAAAUCUAUAGGAAGGUGUUGGAGGAGGCUGCUCUGCUCCCCCUCUCCACUGCACCUGAGGACAUUUUUCACUUCACCUGCUCCUCUGCCCAGCAGCCAAAUGGGAGCACUUCCUCCUUCCCCUGUCUGGGGUAAGGUUGGGACUUCACAUGCAGCAUGAGGGUGCAGUUUGAACACUCGGUCUCUAAAGGUUGGUCAUCACUGAUAGAGUAUUUGAUUUUUACCUCAAGCCUAUAUAUAGAAAAACUGGUCAUUGGUCCAGGGAAGAGCCUACAUUCAGUAGACUUAAAAGGAACAACUCUGCUUUUUUUAGUUCUCCUCUCCUCCUUCCAGAGCAUAAAAGAGAAAACUACCUCCAAAAGGAGGUGGUUUAAUGGGAAGGACCUUGAUGGAUUGGAAAAGAAAAAAACCCAACUAGGAGCCUCACUGGGCCAAUGAAGCACAACCCUUGCAAUUAUAGGAAAAACAAGUUUAUUGAAUUUAGGGAAAUGGUAGAUAAGAUCCUAACACAACAAGAUCUGAACUCCACCCAACUUCUAAGAACCUCCAGAGAGCCUGUUCUGCCUUUGUUCUGUAGGCUUUGCCUAUUAGCUCCUUGAUCUUAUCUAAAGACCCAAACCUUGUCUGACUACCUAUAUGCUACAGAUUGCCUUUAAAAGACUGAGGAUACAGGACUCACAGAUGGACUGAGCUCUUAGGUAAACCCAAAGUCCAAGUUGAUCUCUGACUGAUUGAUCUCAGACAGGUUAAUCUCUGUACUUUAGGGAAAGGCAGUUUUCUUCCAAGGCAGUUCUCCAACCCAGGAAUGUCCUAAUAUUUCUACAAGAUUAGUAUUUUCCCAGGGGAUGUCAGAGCAAAGAUCCUCCCUACCAGCUCAGAGGAAAGUGAGACCAGGAGAGCCUGUUAAACCCAGUAAAACUCCCAAGAUACUUAUCUCUUUCCAGAAUCUUCUCCCAGGGUUUGUGUCUAAAUUCUCCUCCUUUCCUCUUAAAGACAAUCCAUGCAUUUUUUUCUCUAUCCCUUAUUUAUCCUUACACGCAUAUGGUAUUUAACUUUCUUUUUUCUUUAUUUCUAUGUUUUUUUUCUUUAUUUUUUUCUCAUCUCUCUGUCUCUGUCUGUCUAUUGUGCCUCUCUUUGUCUCUGUCUCUUUCUCUUUGUAUCUCAGUUUCUGUCUCUAUCAGUCUCUGUCUCUGAUUUUCUAGGACUUCCCAUAAGAAAUGGCAUAUUCUUCCAGCAGUAAUGGAGACUUCAAAUAUAGGUGCUGCCCAAAAGAUCCUGAGCAAGUUAGGUUCUCAAGCCUCUGUUUACCUUUUCUGCCUUGUGUUUCUUGUCUAAGCAGUGAUUCUAAGAGAUGGACUUUUCAGAAAUGUCUACUUUUGGGAGCUUGAAAUUUCUGAGUUCUUCAGUUGAUGCCUAUUGCACUUUAGGAGGAUAUUUAGGCAGCUGCUGUAACAUUUAGUGGAGAAGACCAGUAAUAACAACAAAAUAGAAGAAACAACCCAAUUCCUAACCCAUCUGAACAGAAGACAUCUUUCAUGAGGAAUCUAUUCAGAUGCCAAAGAAUCAAAAAGAAGGCAAAAAUGCUUACUGAGCAGGCUUGUUAAAUAUUUGUGUUAGCUAAAAACAUUCCAGAAGAGUAUAACAGAAGUCACAAGCUUUUGACUCAUGUUUAAAUCUUUAUUAACAUGUGUUCAUGAAGACCAUUUUAAUAUGCCAUUCAUGCAUUAUCCAUCUCUUUUGUAUAAAAGAAAUAAAUUGCUCUCCUCUGCCUAAUCUACAUAGUAUAUUACCUUUCUCACCUCUUUGCUGGAGGAACCCUAGACAUGAACUAAAUACAAAUGUAACAAGUGUCUCUGAAACAAAGGUAAAUAUAUAUUGGGAGUUAAAUUUCUGGGAGUCACAAAGAUUGUCUUGAAUUGCAAUCGAAAAAUUAUUACUUGAGACAUGUAGGUUGUAUAGUGGAAAGAGUGCCAGACUUGGAGUUGGAAGGAACUGGGUUCAAAUCUGAUCUCAGACACAACCUAGCUGUGGGUUUCUAGGCAAGUCACUUAGCCACAAUUACCAACCCUUGUCUUACUCUUCUGUCUUAGAUUUUAUAUUCAGACAGAAUGUGAGGGUUUAAAAAAAUUAUCAGCUGCAUUACUAAAAGAGAUGUGGUUCAGUAUGAUGUUUUGGGAGUAUCAUCCUCUAAUCUUUCCUGCUUUGGUGUGGUCUUCAAUGAAGUUGUUUCCAUUCUGGUCAAAGGGUAACACUUUAACUUGUAUGCUUGGUCCCAUUCCUGAAGACUUUGCUAACUAAUUAUCAAUCUCUUAUUCACUGACUCCUUCCUGUCAUGUAUAAAUAUGCCCCAAUUUCUCCAUAUUUGGAAAUCCUUCAUUUGAAAGUUAAUGUCUUUAGAAUUCUAAUCUGAGACAUUCUCUGCUUUUCAUUACAUCCUUUGGAAUCUUUCCAAAAAAUCUUGCCAAGAUGGUUACUUGAAAAGAGGCAGCUAGUUAAGUAUCCAUAUUCUAUCAAAAUCCUAAAAAUGACACUAGAAAGAAUAAUGAUCAAGAAACUUAAAAAUCAAUGACAAGUGAUUUUUUCCUAGCCCAGAAUUGCAUAAAAGUCAGCCAAAUAAUCCCAUGGGCAGUAAGGAAGGGUUUAUCAGAAAAAGUCAUUACCAGUACAAGAGAAAAGAGUAACAACUCUGAGGAUGACUAGAGACCAAUUAGAGGUCUGCAAGUCUUAGUCCCCACGAUUCAUGAGAGUAGAGGACUCCCUAGAGAAAUUCACAGGGUGUUCAGAAAUAAAAAAGGGGAAACCUUAGACAGGGAUAGCUAGGGCCAACAACUCAAAGGUUUCUAAUACUAUGUCCUGAGAUCUUAAUAUCUUAAUAUCUAAUGAUGUAAGUCCCAAAUAUCAUGGGGGAAACCCUUGGGAGGUAGGUGUCAGCAAAGGAACCUAGGUGAACUAAGUCCAAACCACAGGGGGGAUCACUCUAUGCAAAAGCAUGUCAAGAGGUAAAGUCUCCCAUUAUAGGAAGUCCCAAUUCAAGAAAUAAACCUGGAAAGAUCAGUAAACACAAAAGUGAGAUGGCACUAUAAUCACAGAAAUCCAACCUGCAAAGAGAGACCCCAUAAUAACUGCAGAUGCUUAAAGGGGGGAAAAAACAGUGUUUUCCACAAGGGCUUAAAAGGAAUGUCUAGAAUGAAUAAAAUAAUAAGGAAAUAUUUGGAACAAGAAUAAAUAUCUUAAAGAAAAGAAUGUUAAACCUGACUCAAAUAAAGGGCUUUUUGAAAAUUAGAUUAAAUAUAAAUCAAUGACUCCAUGAGAUAGCAAGAAGAAUUAGAACAAAAUAUGAAUGUUUAAAAAAUAAAGAAAAUAUAGCCUAUCUGGUCUCCAAAACAACUGAUCUGGUAAAUGAGUCAAAGAGAUAUCAAGUGAGAAUAUUGGAAUCUAAGAUAAUUCUGAAGGACUUAAUGGAAAAUGCCAUCAACCUCCAGAGAAAGAAGAGAUGGAAUCUGAAUGCAGAUUGAAAUAUAAUAUGUUUUUAUUUUCUUUUAUGGCUUCAAAUUUUAUUUCCCCCAAAUUACAUGUAAAAACAAUUUUAAUGAUUUUUAAGACCCCAAUUUUCUCCUCCUCUUUCACUAGGGUAAGCAAUCUGGUAUAAUUUUACAUGUUCAAUCAUAUAAAAUGAAAAUUUGAGCAAAAAAGAAGAAAGUGAAAUAUAAUAUGCUUUAGUCUAGAUUCUUACUUUGAAGGCAGAUGACAUUUCUUAUCAUGAGGCUUUUGAGAUUGUUUUGGAUCAAUGUAGUGUUAAGAAUACCUAAGUCACAGCGGUUGAGGGGACAUGACAGAAGAGAGACUCUAAACUAAACUCUAAUGCAAAUAUUAACAACAUGGCAAUGGGUUCAAAUCAAGAACACAUGUGACACCCAGUGGAAUCACGUGUC